CUUCUGCUGACCAAUCGCACGGUGCACGCGUGCGGGGACAACAGCUGCGGCCAGCUGGGCCAGACGGGCGUCCCCCGCAGGGAGCGGCCAGGUGAGCCUUGCGCCGGCGGGCCAGGGCGCGGGGGCUCUGGGAAAAUAGAAGCUCUGACUAGUAUAAAAAUAAUACAAGUUUCCUGUGGAGACUACCAUUCCCUUGCAUUAUCAAAAGAUGGGCAACUGUUUUCAUGGGGAAAGAACAGCCAGGGACAGCUGGGCCUAGGGAAGGAGUUUCCCUCCCAAGCCACCCCUCAGAAGGUGAGGUCCCUGGAGGGGAUUCCGCUGGCUCAGGUGGCUGCAGGAGGGGCUCACAGCUUUGCCCUGUCUCUUUCAGGAACUUCAUUUGGCUGGGGAAACAACAACGCAGGGCAGCUGGCCCUCAGAGGGAAUACGGUCCCAGGUAAGAAGACGAUCUUGUUCUUGAAGUCAAUUGUUAUUNCUUAUAUCAGCUGUGGCUAUGAGCACACCGCAGUGCUUACUCAGAAUGGCCAGGUGUUCACAUUUGGAGACAAUAGCUUUGGACAGCUGGGACAUAAUCGCAUGGCCCAGACAACAGGGCCACAACUUGUGGAAGGGAUUGAUGGCCCAGUUUCACAGAUAGAUUGUGGAAGUUAUCACACCAUUGCAUAUAUCUAUACCACUGGUCAGGUGGUAUCUUUUGGUCGUGGACCAGGUUACACAAGCAAUCCAACUCAUCCGGAGACCCCAACAAAGGACUAUGACAUUAGCUGCCUGAUUUCUGUUGAUGAUCUCAGAGAUAUUCAAGUCAAGCACAUUUUUGCUGGAACUUAUGCUAACUUUGUGACAACUCAUCAGGGUACUUGUUCCACACGUAUUUCCAGGAAAACCCUGCCAGAGAUAAGCCGAAUUCAUGAGUCUCUGGCAAAAACAUGGACAACAAUAAAAAGAGGUCAAUGGGAAGCAGUCAAUAGUGAAAUUAGAAUGAUAUUUUCUUCUGCUUGUCUGACUGCAAGCUUUUUGAAGCAAAGAGAAACUGAAGAGACAAUUUUCAUUCAUGUGGAUUUACAGAUGGCAAGACAUACCUUCAAAACAUUAAUGGAAAAGGAAUGGAUUUCUAUCAUGGUAACUGAAUGUCUGCAGGAUAAUCUCCUUGCAGCUCUUCCAUGGCAUUCUGCACACCAAGAAGCUCUAGCAGUUUUCCUCCUACUGCCAGAGUGUCCUGUGAUGCAUGAUUCUAAGAACGGCAGGAGCCUGGUGAUUCCAUUUGCACAAGCUAUUAAUAAAAUGAAUGAAAAAUCUUUAGAAAUCCUGACUAGAUUGUCCUUUUUUAACUAUAAUGGGAGUGGUCCCUUGGUUCACAAGCUCAGCUCUCCCCACAAUUCUGAUUGCAAACUGAACUGGAUGAGAACUGAAUACAAUUUCCGCGCAACAGAAGCAAGCAUAAACCUGCAAGCAAUAGUGGAAAGAAAAGUUGAGUUACCUAAACUAAUUCUGAGAAUUAGGCAAAGUCACCUGGUUGAAGAUGCCCUAUGUCAGUUAAGACAAGUUUAAAACAAAGAGCUUGGGAAAGUAUUAGUGGUUGAAUUUAUCAAAGAAAUUCGUCCUGAGAGUGGAGGGGUCACUGCUGAGUUCUUCCACUGUGUAUUUGAAGAGAUGAAGCCAAAAUACGGAAUGUUCAUAUAUCCUGAGGAAGGUUCCUGCAUGUGGUUUCCUGUCAGUCCAAAAUGUGAAAAAAAGAGAUACUUCCUCUUUGGGCUGCUCUGUGGACUCUCCCUAUUCAAUUUCAAUAUCGCCAACAUCCCUUUCCCACUGGCUUUGUAUAAGAAACUUCUGCACCAAAAGCCAUCUUUGGAAGAUUUAAAAGAACUUAGUCCUUUUUGGGGGAAGAGCUUGCAAGAAGUUCUACAUGAUGACACUAGUGACACUGAAGAACUUUGCAUGUAUUUUUCUAUAAACUGGGAUCAAAAUGAUGUUGAAUUAAUUACAAAUGGGACCUCUAUACUUGUGGAUAAAGACAACAAGAAAGACUAUGUUUCUAAGUGUGUUGACUACAUUUUCAACAUCUCCAUAAAGGCAGUUUAUGAGGAAUUUUGUAGAGGAUUUUAUAGAGUAUGUGACUGGAAGUCAAUCAAACACUUCCAGCCUGAAGAACUAAUGACAGCAGUAAUUGGAAGCACUAAUUAUGACUGGGAAAACUUUGAAAAGAACUCACAGUAACAAGGAUACUACAUCUCACAUCCUACUAUAGUAAUGUUUUGGAAGGCUUUCCACAAGUUAACUCUGGAUGAAAAGAAAAAAUUCCUCUUAUUUCUUACAGGGCGUGAUAGAUUGUAUGUGAGAGGCAUCCAGAAUACAGGAAUAGUAUUCUGCCAUCUUGUAACUUUAAGUGAAAAAGAUUACCCAACAUCACUGACAUGUCACAAUGUUCUCUAUCUGCCUCAGUAUUCCACAAUGGAACGAAUGGAGGAAGCCCUUCACGUAGUCAUUAAUAGUCACAGGGGUUUUGUGUCACAAGGGAUCCUGCUGCCAUGACCACUUCCCAGAGUGUCAGGAAGGCCUCAGGUGUUCAGUGUCGUGGUUUUAGAUCCUUUUGCUUUCAUCUAAUCAGUACAAGAUGUUGACAGUUUUUAGUAAUGAUUGGUUGGAAAAUUCAGAGAUAAUAAAGUUAUGCAUCCAGAGUAAUAUCUACAGUGGAACAAAAUUAUAACAUUUUCUGUGUCUCUAACCUUGCUGUUAGAAUGCUUAUUUUUAGUGAAUUACUUGCUUAUCAAUAAAUUUCAUUUAAAAUAGACUAAAUGUUAAACACAUCUACAUUUUAUAAAGUUUUAUUGUAACUAAUAAAUUGUCUGCAAGUUUGAAAGACAUACUCAAGUCUAAAAAAAUAAAAAUAUAAACUCAUUUUGACAUAUUUUUGAGGCAUGUAGGUGGGUAUUGAGGAAUAUCUCUAGAGGUUUGGUUUAAUACAUGCCUGAGUAAUGUGUUGGAACAAUCUAAAUUUUAAGAUUCAUCAAUUCACAUAAUUACUUAUAAUCAAUAUUGUGGUGCUAAAAAUCAUAGAUGUAAUGAUGUAGAUGUGAUUAUUUUAGUUAAACUCUGGGACCAAUCAGCAAUACCUGUGUACUUCUAUUUUAAGAUAUGUGACAAUGAUAUAUGUUUUUAAUCAUGAAGUAAAUUAAU